AUGUCUACAUUGAAAUCACCACUUACUAAACCAUAUUUAGAACUUUUAAAUAACUUUUUGAGAAUGUCUUCCAUAGAUCUAAAAACGUUUGCUGACAAUGAAUUCGAUCCAAAGAAAUGGAUUAAUAAAGCUUGGAGUACUACUGGGAAUCAGGAAAAGGAGAUAUUCGUGGCAAACACAGUGACCCGACUUCAGUUAUACAUGAAACAACUAAGUAAUUCACUCGACGAGACAACCACACAGAUUGUAACAUCAAUACCUCGUCUACUCCAAGAUGCGUCCGAGCUCCAACUCGAAGGUGCCCUGCUCCAGCAGAAGCUGGAGACCCUGGAGCAACAGGUCCAAGGUGUGGAGGAGCAGACCGGACACUCUAUCAAGAGUUUGCAGAAGAUAGAUCAGCUCAAGAGUCGGUUGGAGAACGCAGCUGCAACUCUCCGAGAGGCAGAUAAAUGGGUUGCCCUCGCGACAUCACUAGAGGAUAUUCUAGAAGCAGGCGUGCCGACGCAGAAGGAAAAGUUGGCAGAAUUAGCAGAACAAGUCACAUCUAUGACUGCUAGCUUGGAGGCACUAAGUGACUCAUCCGACUACGAAAUGAAGCGGAUGCAGCUUGAGACAUUAUAUAACAGACUUGAAGCGGCGAUAAGUCCACCUCUUAUUGAAGCUCUGACGCAGAUGGAUGCUGGUAAAUACGAUACAAAUAUAAUUCGGAUUUUCUAUAUCUUUAUUGGAAUUAUCCCUACAAUAAAAUUGUGAGGAACUUGUCAGUCAGUCAGUCAAAUUCGCGCCAGACAUCCCUGUUUUCCGUAAUCCUCAUCCAGGAACUUGAAUUUGCCGUAAAUUGCCAUAAAACCUCCUUGACGUGCAGUGGAUAUUCUUACUUUUUUACCAUUGUAGUAUCGUUUUUGGCUAAUUUAAUCAUUUAUAUACAUAAAGUUGUCCUUGACCAGUGUAAUCGUCUUCGUCCUCGCGAGUUUAAUUUUUUGAUAACCCUAGAAAUGUCUUCGUAUACCCUGUAAUCCUCUACCCAAACUGAAAGUACAUUUUCCUCAUUAUUUUUACAUUACUUUGGACAUUUUGAUUGUGGUUGGGGUACAAUAGGACUGAUAUUUUCACCCUUACUGUAAAAAUUUCUAAAUCAAAACAAAAAAGAAGCAUACACAGCUCGGUUUGAAUGUUACAAAAA